ACUUCAGUCUAUCUGUUUCUCUCUGAAAUCGAUCCUCGAAUUCUCUCCCGUUCUGAAAUCCCCUCUCCAGUUUCGCUUCUUCAAUGGAGGAAGAUAAGCAGCAGCUAGGUUCACAUGAUGCGGUAGAAGCUGAUGAUGUCUAUUCAUUAGUUCUUGAGCUAUCGGAAAAUGAUCCUUUUUUUGAAAAGAAGAAGAAAUUACUGUGUGAUAAAGGUUUCGGCAUGAAAGAAAGCAUACACAUUAAGAGAUCUUGUUGUCCUGAUUCACUAAGCACUGCCUUGAAACUAAUGCUUCAGAUAGCAAGAAUCAUACAUUUAGAUGAGGUAGAACUUUAUUUUGGUGAAGUUGAUCCAUUAGGACAUUACAGCACCAGGAAUGAGAUGGAAGCUCUGAACUGGAUUCUUUCACUGGUUGAUGCCUCAAUAUUAAGUCAAUUAAAGAAUCAAAAAAAUGGCUUGCAAGACUUGCGGAUUGCUAUUCUUAGUUGUUUCCAUGAACUAGCAGCCAAGAAUACGGAGGAAUCCAAAGUUGAUAAAAACUAUAGCUGUGGUAAGGAGAACUGUUUAAUAGAUUGGGCCAAAAGAAAGGGUGUACAAACAAAUCUGCAGAUAGCUUAUAUCGAAGGAGCUGGUAGAGGAGCUAUUGCAGUAAAAGAUCUGGAUGUUGGAGAUAUUGCUUUGGAGAUUCCUCUUUCCAUUAUAAUUUCUGAAGAGCUUGUUCAUAAAUCUGACAUGUACCAAAUACUGGAGAAGAUUGAUGGAAUGACCCCUGAGACCAUGUUGUUGUUGUGGAGCAUGAAGGAGAAGCACAAUUGUAAUUCAGAUUUCAAGAUUUACUUUGAAACCCUGCCUGAACAUUUUAAUACAGGACUGAGCUUUGGAGUUGAUGCAAUCAUGACUUUGGAGGGAACUUUACUUUUGGAAGAGCUUACACAAGCAAAAGAGCACCUGCGUACUCAGUAUGAUGCACUAUUUCCUGAACUAUCAAAUGCUCAUCCUGACAUAUUUCCAUCGGAGCAGUACACAUGGGAGCAUUUCUUAUGGGCUUGUGAACUCUGGUACUCUAACAGCCUGAAAAUCAUGUUUGCUGAUGGAAAGUUGAGGACUUGCUUGAUUCCUGUUGCCAGCUUCCUCAAUCAUUCUUUAUACCCACACAUAGUGCGUUAUGGUAAAAUAGAUUCUGCAACAAAUUCCUUGAAAUUUCCCCUAUCAAGACCUUGCAGUGCAGGAGAACAGUGUUGUCUUAGAUAUGGAAGUUUCGCCAGUUCACAUCUAAUCACAUUCUAUGGUUUCUUGCCAGAAGGAAACAACCCAUAUGAUGUGAUUCCAUUGGAUUUUGAUGAUGACCAAGCUGAUGGUGUAGAGGAUUGCUCCCUGUCCAACUGGACCACUCACAUGGUUCGGGGAACUUGGAUGUCAAAUAAUCAUGACAUCUUUUAUUAUGGCUUGCCGUCUCCAUUGUUAGACUAUCUGCGAAGGGCACGGAGUCCGACAUCAUGUACCACAACCACUUUACGUGCAAAGUUGGAAUGUGAUAAUGAAAUUCUUGAAAAUCUACUUUCCAUCUUCAGUGGCAUGAUGGACAGUUUUGGUGAUACGGAAUCAAUCAACAGCAGUAAUGCCAGUUGGGAUGUCAAGGUAGCAGUGAAAUACAAUGAUUUGCAGAAAAUGAUUGUCUCCUCAAUUUUGACUUCAUGUUAUUCUGGUAAAAACAUGGUGAAUCAUGAGUUGUCUAAAGGUGCCGGUGAGGAGUGAAGAAACCAAUGGCUAGAAGAGCUGCAGGCAGGGACUUCCUGACAUGAUCAUCGAAUGAGUUGUACUACAAGAAACAGGCACUUUGUGUUCUCUACUAUGGCAGUUUAUUGAGACCUUUUGAUUGUUGGGAUUGAGCCAUAAGGCCAAUGAACUGUGGGCAUCUAGUCCUAAUGAAAAAUUUUGGAAGAUGGACUGUCACUUCAAUGAUUGUACAUCUUAUUUGUAGUGCAAUAAUGCAAGAGCUUAUACCAUCAUAAAGAAACAUUUUGGUAAUAU